AUGGCGGCCGCACCGACAGAGAAGAAAAAGGCAAGCGCAAUGCGCUCAAUCCUGGCUGGUGCAAGUGCAGGAGCCGUGGAAAUCUCAAUCACAUACCCUGCUGAGUUCGCGAAAACACGAUCGCAACUCAACCGAAGAUUGCCAGACGGAAAGAAGCUGCCAUGGCCGCCGUUCGGCAAGCAGUGGUAUGCUGGAUGCACAACCUUGAUCAUUGGCAACUCGUUGAAGGCUGGCAUAAGAUUUGUCGCAUUCGACAUGUACAAGAACAUGCUGGCGGACGCUGAAGGCAAAGUCUCCGGUCCAGCGACAGUAAUAGCUGGAUUCGGUGCAGGAGCUACAGAGUCACUGCUGGCUGUCACACCAUUUGAGAGCAUAAAGACGCAACUUAUCGACGACCGCAAGUCGGCAAACCCACGCAUGCGAGGCUUCUUACAUGGAUCAAGGAUAAUCGCACAAGAAAAGGGUAUCCGUGGUUUCUUCCAGGGUUUCCUCCCAACCACAGCACGUCAAGCCGCCAACUCAGCUGUUCGUUUCUCGAGUUACACAUCGCUCAAGCAACUAGCACAGUCAUACGUCAAACCAGGCGAGAAGCUCGGCGCCGUCAGCACAUUCGGACUCGGAGGCCUGGCUGGCAUAAUCACUGUUUACACGACGAUGCCUAUUGACACAGUCAAGACACGCAUGCAAUCAAUAGAGGCACGGAGCGCCUACAAGAACAGCUUCGACUGUGCGGCAAAGAUUUUCAGGGAUGAGGGUCUCCUCACCUUCUGGUCGGGAGCGCUUCCAAGAUUGGGUCGACUUAUCCUCAGUGGCGGCAUCGUCUUCACCAUGUACGAAAAGUCCAUGGAGUUCAUGGAUAAGCUGGAUCCACAAGGGCGCUACAUAUAG